AUGUGGUUUGAACCGCCGACCCUCGAGUCGAGAGACGAGAGUCCGAACCUCUUCACCACAACGCUUCCGGAAUUUGCAGAGCCAAAUUGUGUAGGUGUGGCCUGGAGCUACCACGAGGCAGUUGCCAAGACACUUGAAGAGAUGGAUUUAGAUAUUGCUGAAGGGCUCAUGUGGGAAGGGUUUCCCGAUGAUGACACAACCAUGAUCAAGACUACAAUCAAAGACGGGGCUGAUGGCAUGGGGGACAUAUCUGUUCACAAAGGAGCAUCAGAUUCGUAUUUGCCGGAUAAGGCUUUCAGAGCUUCGUUCGCAGUGCUCAAGUGUGAGGCUGUCACACAAGAUGGAUCGACAGUGACUCUUUUUGAGGAGGAGAAGCCAAAUGCUGUUCAGGUAAACAGACCAAUAAUGGAGGCGAUUGGAGACAUAAAUUCAUCCUCAACUUCAGCCCAGCUGCUACGAGAUAUUGAGCGGGAACGCAAACUCAUGCACGACCAUACCAUGAAAAUGUAUACAGCUUCGUUGACGCGUCUUCAUAAGCUUAAAAUAUUUAACAGUAUGAUAGAUGAAAAACUAGAUCGAGCAGAUGGAGGAUUGCAAGGCAGCGGCUCAGAAUAUCUGUGUACCCUCUGUCAUGCCACGCGGGACACUGCGAAAACAGAGCUUGGCACCUUUCGUAUUGAGAAGACUUAUCAGGAGACAGCCGACAUAGGCAGAUAUAUGAAGGUCAAUCCUGAUAAGCUCUCUCAGGCAGAACUGGCGGACAUCUCAAAGGGUGCGGAGAACUGGCGGAGCCAGUUCUCCUAUCAGAGCCCCGUAUAA